AUGACAGAUAGAACUGCUCCGAGCUCGUCGCUAAAACUAGAAUGGGUAUACGGUUACAGAGGACAUCAAUGCCGCAACAAUCUUUACUACACCUCGUCGAAAGAGAUCGUGUACUUCGUGGCAGGAGUCGGUGUGGUUUAUAACACUGGGGAAAACUCUCAGCGAUUCUUUCUCGGACACAACGAUGAUAUUAUUAGGUUUGUGAUGUUUAACUUUAUAAGGGAAUACCGUGCGGUGUUCCGUUUACAGCAGUAGUGAAAGACACAUUUACUUGAGGUAUUUGCAGUCUUAGAGCAUAAUUCAUACACAUGUAUAUCGUGUGUGUAUGUUGACAUGUGUUGCCGUGUGAACCCAUUGAGUACAAGUUGCCUACAAGUCUUGUUCGAUUUUGACCGCGAUUAAUUCGUUUUAUUUCGUUUUGUUAUGGAUUCUUUGUGCUUUGAAUUUUAAACCAAGGUUUCUAUAAGCAAAAUCUCGGGAAUUUUCUAUAAUUGUUGAAAAUAUUUCCAAGCCAAACAGAUCGUGCGCUUGAUCAGUGAUGCAAAGCGAAAUAUUUAUUAAUUUCGGUUUUUAUUUCAAGGUACAAGUUGAAGCCUAAAUUGUACAACCAGCUUAUUUUUUGCUUUUAUCAUCCGUUUUUGCAUUGAAGGUCCGGGUGAUCUGUGAACAGCACCUUAUCAAUUAGUGAGGAAAUCGAAGUUGAACUUAAAUUUUAUUAUUUUCAUAUGACUCCAUACUGGGAAAUUGACUUUCGAUCACGACCAAAUCUCAGAAACUUUCCAGCGUUUUCAAGUACUGAAUUUUAUUCCUUCGACGAAUUUUUUCGUGCGUUUACGCUCUAGAAAAUGUAGCAGCGGAACUGUCACACCCUAUAUUUUUGUUUGAAUAUUUAAAGCGCGCAAUCAAUAAAAUGCUCAAUUAUUGAUUUUCUAGUAAGCAGACGAAUUUACAAUUCAAAGUGUCUAUAUGUAAAUUUUGUCAAACUCGAAGCUUCUGGCGUGCGUUUUUUGUACAUUUAGAUUGUUUGUCAUCGGAAGACUGUUUUCAAAUGGAUGGGCCAACUACCAAAAAUAUUACUUGAUUAUUUAGGAAGUGAGAGAGACAUGACUAAAGAACGACAUUGUCUAUUAAAUACUUAAGCUUGGAAAGUAGUGUGACAUUUUGAAAUUAACUUCAAAUAACAUGCUGUGUCUGAAAAGACACGUUUUGAACUGUAAUUAUAUUGCUGUUAGGUCCUGAUUUAAUAGUAGCUGAUUUUUCUACAAUAUUGCCCCCAUACAUGUAUAUAGGAAAAAACCGUAAACUUAAAAUUGAAGCAUGGAAAAAAAUUGAAAUACCUCCCUGACUUUGAAAUACAAGCUUGACUGAAGUUUGUUAUUUGUUAUCAUUUGAUAUCCAUUAGAAUGGCAGUAAAUGUGCCAAAUGUGUUUUACCCAUAUUGUUAAUAUUCAAAUUAGACCCUCUGCCAUGUGGCAACGGAAAAUUGAUGAGGACCACCUAAUUAAAAACUUUGCACAAUACUGCUUUUCACUUCGUGUUUCAGAAAUUGGGUGGAACUCCUACUACACGGGCAUCUUGGUUCAAGUGCAGACUUUUUCUUUUGCACAUAAAUAUUGAGGAAUUUUUUGUUUUUGUUGACAGUUUGGCAUUACAUCCUGAGAGACAAUUGGUAGCAACUGGACAGGUCGGCAAGGACCCAUAUGUCUGUGUUUGGGAUUCAAAAACAUGUCAGACAGUUUCCAUAUUGAAGGAUGCUCAUCAACGAGGAGUUACCUGUUUAGCGUUCAACAAUACUGGCACAGUAAGUCAACUGGUAUUUUUCUUUAACCCUUCCUUUUGUUGGUGAUCAUUUCCUUUGUUCUUAUGACCUUAAUGUGUAACCCAGGGGUGAUAUUGUAGGGAGAAAUUAGAUGCUAGUCAUUCUAAGAGAUUAAAGGGUUAGGUAAUUCUUGUUAGAGGAGGUUCACACAAGGGGGCACACUGUAGAUGCUAAAAAGGUAUCUGAAGCUCUAGCUGAUUUCUUAUAUAAGACCUAGCAAUAUGUGUGCCAUUCUGUGAUUCACAGAGGUUGGGUAACUGCAUAAGAGCUUGCUUGCACAAGUGGUGUUUUUAAGUGUAACUGGUUAUAUUUGAAAACAAAACAGACACUCAGUUCACUAUAAAAUUGCCUGUGGUAAAUACCAAUGUAAAGCUGACUGAUAAAAAUAUGAUUCAGAAUAUGGGGAGAUUUUCUUUCAUUUUGUGUUCACUAAGUGGAGCUGCUAUAAAAUUGAAAUAUUUGUAUCAUAAACACUGAAAGUGUUGGAGGCUGCUCAAUAUAUGUAUUGGGAAAGUACACUAAAUACAAAGUUUGUAUAGAAGUUCGAAGUAGGUUUUUCAAGGGUGGUCAUAAGUUGAACUCUGAUGCUUAUAAAACUGCUUGUAUGGUUAAGUUACACUGUACAGGCAAUGCUGAUAUGCAUUGGAUAGAAAAGACACAUUUCUGCAUUCUUGGCAUAUAGUGUUAUUACCUUGCACAAUUAUUAAUUUUCACAGCUCACAGUCUUGUAUAAACUAAGUAUCAAUAAUUAUACUAUGGACAAGAAGACAGAUAUGCUACAAGCUGUUGCUUAUUCCAAUGUUUGUCUUUAAUAUGCUUUAAUUGCUCAUUUGAACAGCUUCUUGUGUCAGUGGGUUUAGAAGACUACCACCUGAUAGCUGUUUGGGACUGGAGAAAGGGGAGAUCCUUGGCAUCUGUCAGAGGACACACUGAUCGAGUAAGAAGAUGUAAUCAAUUUUUACCAGUGAAAACAGUUCAGGUCUUGCACAUAUUAUGACAAAAAAACCCAUAAUUAUUGUCAAAGUUUGUCCCAAUGUCUUUGAUGAGUAGUGAAGUUUUGCUUUUGAUUAUAAAGUAGAGUUUUCAUCAGCUUAGAGUUUUCGAUAGCUUAGCCAACAUGGGUUGUGCCAGUAUACCAUGUGUAUGGAUGAAGACAAGUUAAAGUGUAAUUGUUUUAGUCAUUGUAACAUUCCAUUUAUUGUUAGUAGAAUAAGAGAGAUGGUAAGUUUUGAGCUUGGUAAAAAAAUAGAGAAAGAUCUUUUUCAUCUUGUCACAAGUGUGGGACAAAGGAAAAAAUUCCCCAUGAUGCUAUGGACAUUGCUGAUCCCACCAGUAUGUAGGACACGUGUCAUAUGAACUUGGUGAUAGACCUUGCUCACUGUUGAGUUUCUGUGGCUCAGGGGUAGAACAUCGGAGUAUGGAAUCUGAAGGUCUGAGGUUCAAUUCCUCAUGGGGACUCAGAAUUUUUUUUUGUUCCAUAUGCAUGACAAGACAAAAAACAUCUUUAUUCCAUUUGCUCUUACAAAAAUAAGUGGGGAAGAUUUAUCUACACGUAUAUUUUGGGGCACUUUAAUAGACCAAUUACUCCACUCACACUUGUUGGAUAAGAGAUGACUAUAGCCAACUUGGCAUUUUGACCCUCACUAAUAAAUAUCUAUCAUAAAUAUCUAUUUAAUGCAUGCUUUGUUAAUAUCUAUUCCCUAGGGUGGGGUACUACUUCAUCACAGGUGAUAAUUGUUAUUUUCUUGUUCUCUGGUUUGCAGAUCUUUGACAUUCAGUUUAACCCUUACCAAGAAAACUUGCUGGUGAGCUGUGGUGUGAAACAUAUCAAGUUUUGGACCUUGUGUGGAAAUGCUCUUAAUCCUAAAAAAGGUUGAAUUUUUUUAAAAUAAAAAUAACAACUGUUUUGUGGGUGGUUUUGUGCUUGUGUAGAUGUGGUGACUCUGCUCCAUGUUAACAGUGUUUAAUUGAAUAUUCUUUCAGGAGUCUUUGGUAAAGCUGGGGAGAUUCAAACAAAUCUGUGUUUAGCAUUUGGUCCUAAUGAUGUAACAUACUCUGGCACUCUGAGCGGAGAGAUCUACAAAUGGAAAGGUCACAACUUGUCUGGAACUAUUCCAAAUGCACAUAAUGUAAGCUUCUGGGUUAUGUACUUUGUGAUGGAUUAAGAUCGAUGGCAAAUUGUGAUUUUCCUCCUCUUUUUGGUUUUCUUUGAGUAUAACACCAAAAGCAAAAAAGGAUCUGGGUUCCCAAGAAUUGCACUGCAGACUUUUGGUUUUGUAAUGUGAUUCACUUCGGCUGAGCUAUAGAGAACUUCAAAGGGAGCCAAGCCAUACACUGCACAUUUUGCAUAUAACAUUUUGUUAUAAGCAGUGGUGGCAAAAGUAUGUUGUGUGUAACUCUAAGGAAACAAAGGGAAAUGCAAUAAAAGAUCAAAUGACAAUUGAGGAGAAGUCUAGCUGCAUUUGACACAGCUGAAGGUUAUUCACCAGAUAACCUUCAACUCUUUCAGGUUUCUGUUGUGUUACUAGGACUAUCACUUCAGGUCUUGGAUGGGAUGUUAAGUCAUUAGGUUAUCCCCAGUGCUUCCUCAGGUUUCACUUCCAGUUCACUUGUAUUCAUUUAAUUUCAAGCAAGAGAAACUUCCGGCCAAUUUCCAUUUUGUUUUCAUUGUAGGGAGCAAUAUUUACGAUGCAUGGAAACAAUGAUGGAUAUGCAACAGGAUCCAAAGAUGGAACUGUUAUUCUGUGGGACAACAGUUUUAAACCAAUCACAAAACUAGAGAUGAUCAACACUCCUGUUGGCUAUGAAGGUGAUGCAAUGUUAAAAAUGUUUUUCAAGAUUCCUCUGCAUGCAAUAAAGUUAAAUAUAAAUGCUUUGACCCCUAAGAGUGACUAGCUUGUAAUUUUUGCUCACAACAUCACCCUUGAAUCACACAUUAUGGUCAUCAGGAUAAAGGAUAUGAUCCCUGACUGAACAAAUUCUGCUUGUCAGCACAUUAGAUAAUGUAUCGAGAAAAGUAUGAAGAAUAUGCAUACUGAUAUUAGGUUGUACGAGGUUAAGUGGGCUGUUUGUCUAAAAAGAAUUGAAUAAGAAUUGUGAUGUAUAUUUUCAACUUUGUCAAUUAUUAACCAGUGACUAUAGAAAGUGUUAAAUGUUGCUAUAAAGAGUUAAGAGACACUGAAAGCGUCACAAACACUUCAGUGGGACUAGAAGUUGUAGAUGGAGAGGGUGUUAGUGAUAUGGUUUAUAAGAGAGAGAGGCUUAUUAAAGACAGAGGGCCUGUAAGAGAAGGAGGGUCACCAGAGGUAGAGGCUCAUUUAAAUCUCACCAAGAGCUAAAUGCAAUUUUUAAUUUGCAAAACUUAUGCAAGGAGAACGAUGAGGAUGAUUAGGUGUUACUAGAAAGGAGAUCAAAUUAAGGAAGGGGGCUUUUCUAACAGUGUGAUUAAAGGUUUUGUUUUAAAUGUUUCCAAAUGUUCAGGUUUGUCUGUGCGAAGUGCAUUCUGGAUGGGUGAAAAAAUUCUUGUUGGUACAAAUGCUGGUGAAGUAUUUGAAGUUAUUGCUACAGAAAAGGAUAAACCAAAAACCAUUGUGCAGGUAGGUAUUAAAAUAUCAGUGAGAAUGUCUUUCCUCCAUGCCUUUAAAUCAUUACAGAUUCAGACUUUGUUCUCCUAUGUUAGGGUCAUGCUGAAGGAGAACUGUGGGCUUUGGCUGUGCACCCAAAGAAGCCAAUGUUUGCUACAGGCAGUGAUGACAGAAGUGUUAGGUAUAAGUAUUGUUUACUAAGAAGGUAGUUUAGAGUUUUUUGAUAGUUAUAUCAAAGUUGAUAAUGAUCAUUUGUGUCUACUAAUAAACCACAACUGUGGUUGUUUGUGCGCAGAAGUUGUAAUGAAAAUGUGGUUCAACCUAAGUAAAGUACCCCCUUUUGAUUGAGCUCCUCUCUCUCUGACCCCAAAUUUGAAAAAGCAACUGAUUUGCUGAUUUAAGUAUAUUUUCUAAAUUGGCAGGUUAUGGAGCAUGUCAGAUAUGACUCUUCUGGCUAGAACAGAUUUGGAUCAGAAAGUGCGUUCAUUGGGUUUCAAUGCUGAUGGCAGCCAUCUGGCUGCAGGGCUUGGUGAUGGGUCAUUCAUGGUUCUAAAAGCAAGGUAUUUAUCCUGAAUUUGCAGUUUUAGUGACCAGAGUAUUAUAUUUAUACCCAGAGGAAGUCCAGGUUUUCUAGGUUUCACCAAGCGAAAGAUUCAUGAGUAAAUGAUUUUGUGACAUUCAUCUGAGGCAGAAGUUUCAGCAAAAGCUGCUUACCAGUGGUCGACCUCUAAAGGAGGGUGGAUAGCAUGGUGGUCAGGUGGUAUGGUUGGUGAACUGUGUAUUGGAAGGACUAGGCUGGAGUGCUGUUAUAGGCAAGAGACUUAGAGGGGAUGAGAAGGCUCCACCUUUAAGCCUUGGGAUUAAUACAGUAAAAUAAAUUAAUUUGAUAGAUCUAGAGUUAGUGUUACCUUAAUCAAGUUUGUUUUCAGAUAUGUUUCAUUAAGGUCAACCUCAAUUCUCUUCUUGUAGGUGUAUAGUUUGAAGAUAAGUGUGUUUUGAUGAAAACAAUUUUGUAAAAGGAAAGACAAAGUAAUCCUGUUUGAGAAUUCACUGAUUGGAUAUCUGUGGUGACAGACAUCCUGUUGGUCCUCUAGCCACAUGUUACAAAAGUCUAGUGAAGUUGACUUUUCCCAAUGAGCACACUGAUUGUCACUUUCCACUCCCAAAUCUACCCAGUAAAAGUUUAGAAAUGGAUUUGGGCAAUUUCUGAGAUGAACUUGUCACACUCCUAGUCCCCCUGCAGUAAUGUUUUGUUACAUAAUGAUGAUCAACAGUGGCAUAUUUUUUUUCUUUUUCGAAGGGAUCUUUCAGAAGUAACUCAUAUAAAAGACCGCAAAGAAGUCAUCCAUGAAUUGAAGUACUCUCCUGAUGGACAACAUCUGGCGGUGGGAUCUAAUGACAACUUUGUGGAUGUCUACUCUGUCGCGCAGCGUUACAAAAAAGUUGGAGAGUGCAAAGGCAGCUCUAGUUUUAUCACACAUUUAGACUGGUCUAUGGACAGCAAAUACUUGCAAACCAACUCUGGUGCCAGUGAGAGGUUGUUCUUCAAGAUGCCAAGUGAGUGUAUCAUGCAAGAGCCCCUAUUGUAUUGCUUUUUUGUAGCUUUUAUUGAUUGAGUUGAGAUCAACCAAGUGUGGGAGACUCGUUUGUGUAAUUGUGCUUCGAGCAAUUGAUAUUCAAACUAAGUGGUCGCUGUUGGAGACUGGUGAUGUCACUGACCCAGGGGGUUUAAAUGGUAUAAGAGCAAUAAAUUCUAACAGCACCUUAGGGUGACUUGCAAAAGAUUUUGAAUCCAUCCAUGCCGUAGUGUUGGAGGUGAGAAAAUGUGACGCUUGUGGGUCAUACAUGUUUGCAUGUAUGCAAAACUGGUUUAUGCUCUAUCCUGACAGUCUAUUUAUUUAGUAAACAGACCACAUGUAUUUUAAUGUGAUGUAGUUAGCUGUUGUCAUUUUUCAUGACUGCACAAGAUGGGGCAAGGAGGGGGGAGAGGAAAAAAGGUCAAAAGACCCGCAUCAUUAAUAUAUUAUAUUUAGUUUAUUAAUGCCACUUUAUAAACUUUGGUUUCAAAGGAAUAUAUCUAAAGGAGUGAAUAUUUGUUCAAGUCUUUUCAAUGGUAGCAGGUAAUUUAUUGCUAACAACUGAGUUGAAAACGUGAAUUGGCCACCGUAAAGGGUAAAAAAGCUGGCGUUUCGAGCGUUAGCCCUUCGUCAGAGCGAUUGACGAAGGGCUAGCGCUCGAAACGUCAGUUUAUUUACCCUUUACGGUGGCCAAUUUACGUUUUCAACUCAGUUGUUAACACUGAAUUACCUGCUAUACUCUCCUACCGACGCAGCAUCACAGUUUCUUUAGAAACUUACCCCCUAUUUUCAAUGAUAGUUUCGUUUUGGUUCUCUUUUAGAAUUAAUUUAUCAAGCGAGUCGCAGUGAGGAACAGGUCACAAAAAUGAUGUACUUCUGAUCUAAAUUGUGUUUUUGUUUUCAUUUUGUUUUCAUUUUGUUUUCUUUUUUUUAAGGUGGCAAGCGUAUCGCAAAUAAAGACGAAGUGAAGGCAAUUCACUGGGCUACAUUUACUGGUGUUCUGGGAGUGGAAGUGAAUGGAAUCUGGGAGAAAUACACAGAUACAAACGAUGUUAAUGCUUGUGAUGCCAGCUUCCAGAAUGAGGUCUUGGUUACUGGAGACGACUUUGGUCUUGUAAAGCUCUUUAGAUUUCCUUGUCUAAAAAAAGGUGAGCUUCCAAAUGAGUGUACUAAUUUUUAAAGUGUAUGGCCUUUGAGUAGGACAUGACAGGCGUUACGGCACGUGUACGAGGGUGGUGUUGGUGUCUAGGCCCCUUGAUGGCUUGCGUCAUCAUCCGGCUUGUCUCGUGGAGAGCUUGCGUGGGAUCAAAGGAUGCGUCAGGGUGAUAUUGGACUUAAAUGGUGAUUAAUGCCAUUUCGUUGUGCUUGUGGGCGUUAUUUAUUAUUGCCUCUCAUUUUAAAGUGAAGUGAUUCGAAAGAAAUAAGAAAGACCCUUAUUUUUAACGUCUUUACUUGUGGAUAUGCGUAGCAUAGGAACUAGUUAUGCGGGAAUAUGCAAAUUUCGUGGCGUUAGCACGGCCUUAGAAGUCUGGGAAGAGCAUAAUCUAAUUCUUAUUAAAUAUGGCGGAUCGAUUGGGGAGGACUCUUGUGGGGAUUGCGGCUCAAUUCUGUUUCUUGGAAGCUCUGGAUCAUUCGCUUUUAGUACAAUGGCUUUACAUUCUUACUAUUUUCUGCACUGUUUAUCCACGACUUGACUGUAGCGUAACUUUGAUAUCUGUUAUUUCAAGUAUAAAGGCGUCUAGAUUAUGAAUUUAAGUAGACUUUCUAAGUGAUAGAAUCCAACGACUUUGUAGGUGCUAAAUUUAGGAAGUAUGUUGGACAUUCUGCACACGUGACAAACGUGCGAUUUUCACAUGACAUGAUGAGAGUGAUGAGUGUUGGCGGUGGGGAUCACGCAAUCUUUCAGUGGCGUUACUUGCCUGACGGGUCACGUGACGAUGGCGAUGACGUGGAUGGAGGAGCGUAUUUAGAAUCUCACAGUGACGAGAGUGACUCGGAAGCAUCUGAUGCUGAUGAACUUGACAGUGAUAUUGAAAAUGUAAGCUGACGAUGAGUUUUGAAAUUUUUGCAAAGCAUUGCUGUCUGCUAUUUUAUAUUUUUGGUCUCAGGGAUGUUUGGUCUAGUUCAUACGAAUUUUAUAUCUGAAACGUUUGUUCAAAACUUGACAGAAACGUGCAGUAUUAUGUGGAACCGUCAGCAAUUAAAUGGAGUUGUUAGAAGUCAGACAGAAACGUCUGCAGUCAGGUUCCUUGCGAAGUCGCACAAAAUCGUUCGCAAUCGGGUGGAGACGUCCGAACUAGUACCCUAUUGUAUAUAGCCACCUGUUUAGUGGCUAUACUGUCUUGUAUCCAACUCAUUCCUCGCCAGAAGCUAAGUUCAAUUACUGCUCCAUUUCAGGAACGUCAAAUUGACUAUGGCAGAACACUGUAUCGUGAGGACUUACCAGCCUUGAAAGAAAGAUUGAAGCUCUCGAAAGAAGAACAGCAAAAGGAAGACAGUGUACCCCGACAGAGGCCUCCCAGUCAGGGCUUGAGAUUGGAGUUUGUGUUCGGGUAAGAGACGGUUUUUAAGCCUACAGUAAAGGCGUAUUUUUCUUUUGCCUUUUUACAGGUGAGUAGAAGGUAGCUCGAAGUACGUGCGAGGUACGUGUGAAGGGUGAGACACGCGCGAGUCCUCGCGUAUGCCUUCUCUCGCUUAAAAAACGCGAAAAAAGGAUACAUUUUCUGUAGACUUAAAGUAAGUUUCUUACCCAAACUUACAUAUCAUUCAAUCUUUUGUCUUACGAUGUAGAGUCAGGCUGUCAAGUGUAUUGAUCACGAUGUUUCGACUUGUUGAGAGAAGUUAUUACUCUGAAGUCGUUGUUUUGAUGUAGAAUCAAAUUCUCGUGUCAGAUGCGGAAGGAAGUGUAUCGCUCAUAGUUUGGGGAAUUGGGAAUCUUACGUGGCUAAGGGUUAGAAUUUACUACAGACAAGUCUUUAAGGAGUUCUUUCCGACUUUUUAGGCUCCUUCCAUGUAGAAAGCGUUAUCCGUUGUCAAUAUCUUUGCUUUAGGAUUGGAUAUCUCACCUUCAAUCAAGUAAUGUUCAAACUUAUCCGUUGACUUAUAGUUUUAUUCUAUUUUCUUCUCAGUUACCGAGGGUAUGACUGCCGUAAUAAUCUGUUCUACACUCAGAGCGGUGAGAUUGUGUACCACGUGGCUGCUCUUGGGAUUGUGUACAACCGUGACGAUCAUAAGCAGAGGUUUUAUAAUGCGCACACAGACGACAUCCUCUGCCUGUGUAUACACCCUGUGAGAGACGUGGUGGCGACCGGGCAGGUGCGUUCGAAAUUACUUUGAGUCCGUUCGCCACAAAUUCAAAGGAUGACAUGGUGUUGUAAUUUUUAAUGCGUGGGGGCUUGGGUCGAAAGGCCAGGGUUACGCUCUGAUUGGCUCACCGUGUUGCGAUAUCUGAGGGAAACCUCAGAGACGCUGAGCGUUUUGAGACCAUGUGGGGGUGGGUAGGGGGCUCUAAUACAAGUGCAUGCUCAAGUGAAGCCAUUUGCGAUCUUAACGUUAUCUUCAUAGGAUCAUUUAGGGUUGAGAGGGCUGAACAGAUGGCAAAUGACAAACUUGAUCCACCAAGUUUGAGGUAGCCUCUGCAGGGGCAUGGCCAAGAUUAUUCAAGGGGGGCGGGUCACAGUCCGGCACAGAAUUUCCGCGCUCCGUUCCUGAAAUGGCAUUUAUCGCUGUCUUGUGUAUUAGCGGGAGUAGAAAAAUAGGAAAAGAAAUAUGCAAUUAAGAUUCUUUGGUAGAACUUGAAAUAUAUUUUAUGUCAUUGACUUCUGAAAAAAAUGUCUCACCCUAAGCAACCUGAAUUUAAGCCUGUGCAGUGUUGACGCGACGAAACUAAGAGGUUAUUUUUUUUUUACAUAAGCGGGAUUAUUUCUUAAUCUCAGGUGGGACGCGACCCCGCUAUCCACGUAUGGGAUGCUGUGAAGAUGGAGACCUUGGCCAUUCUAAAGGGGCAACAUGAGAGAGGGGUCUGUGCUGUCGACUUUUCAGGUAAGACAUUUACGAGGAUGUUCUCUUUUCUAAUCUGAUUGAGCAUUCUGAAAACAUUUUGAAUUUAUUUUUAAGGUGACGGGAAGAAAUUAGCGAGUGUAGGACUUGAUGAUAACCACGUGAUUGUGGUAUGGGACUGGAAAAAAGGAGAAAAAUUAGCAACAACAAGGUAAAGAAAUUUAUUUCUUAAAAAAAAAAAAAAUGUGAACAGAUUCCUUUAUGGGAAAGAUGAACUCUCUAAAAUUGACCUCGCUCCCAACGUUUUGCUUCGUAGCUCAGUUGGUGAUAUCUUGGAGACUGUUUUACUACGCAGAUCUUUUUAUACAGCUCUUAUUCAUGUAUCUUUGACUUCAGGGGACACAAGGACAAAAUAUUUGUCAUCAAAUGGAAUCCCCAAAACCCAGAACUUCUUGUGACAGCUGGCAUGAAGCAUAUCAAGUUCUGGACACAGACCGGAGGCGGUUUCACUUCCAAGCGAGGAACAUUCGGCAGCGCAGGGAAAGCCGAGACUAUGAUGUGUGUCACUUAUGGAAAGAGUCCUGAUUUGGUGUACUCUGGUGGAGCCAGUGGAAAAGUGUACAUAUGGCAGGGAAAUGCUCUGCAAAACUCGGUCCAGGCCCACGAAGGACCUGUGUUUGCUAUGCAAGUGCUAGAAAAGGUAACAAUGAAGCUUUGUGAACUGAAAGUGUGGCUAUUUAUUCGUAUCCUAGCAAUUUUAGAGAAUUCACUUAUAGGUUGAUGUAAAUACUAAUUUGUUGCAGAUGGAAGUUGACUCGCGAUAGAACCUUAAGGCCUCUUAACUCUUCGACUCUUAGAAGUGAUUAACACCUAACUUCUCACUACAACAUCCAAACAUAAGCCAGAAACAGAUAAAGAGAAUACAACACUAAUUGACAGGGAAAUGUGUUGCAGCAAGAUGGGAGAAUUAAUAGUCAGAUCUUGGGAGUAAAAUGAUGAGAAAUUCGUUACAAACCCUAAUAUCCAACGUAUUUUAGUUUGCCUAACCGUUUGAUGUUGCCGGAUGCUUUUGUGUUUCUGUCUUCAGUGAUCAAUACAGCCUUUGAUUUUGUUUUAACAGGGUUUUGUGACGGGUGGAAAAGAUGGUACUGUAGGCUUAUGGGAUGACAAUUUCUCCCGCUGUUUAAAGAGUUACAAGGUCACUCGCACGAGUCUUAGUCCGGGUCCACCGGCUUCAAUUUUACUGGAAGAUGUUCCCCCUAUCCGUGCAAUAACACUUGGUCAGGGGAAAAUUUUAGUCGGCACUAAAAAUGGCGAGGUAUUUCUAAUUCAAUUUGUAAUUUUGAUCGAGCAAAUCUUGUGGCUUAAGUGAUUCUAGCGUUGACAGAUAUGUUGCUGUUUUCGUUCUCGUCCAUUGCUUUUUUUCUACGUGUGUCUUUAUUUUCUCAUAGAUUGUAAAAAUCUGGUCGCUCUCCAAAUGCUUUGAGGCAUAUGGGAAGAAAUAUGUGAAUCUUACAAAUAUUGCCUUGAAUUUCAGAUUAUGGAAAUUGAAAAGAGUGGACCCAUCACAGUUCUAAUCCAGGUGCUUAAUCAUUUUCUACUGGUUUGUGAGUUAUAUAUGGGAGCAAUCAUUAUAUAUCGCCAGAGUGGGGGGGGGGGGGGGGGGGGUCGGAGAAUUUUUGAGGAGGGAUCACAUGGUUUUCAGGGAGAAUUGAGGGGGAUCAGUCGGAGGGUGGGCUAUAGAAUAUUGACAGCUACUCGACUACCAAGGAGGGGGAGAUGAUAUGAAUGCUGCAGAGUCUUAGGGGGUUCGGUAAAUUUUAUCGUGACAGAACCAAAAUCUCCCCCCCCCUCCCCCGAUAAAGGUAAAUAAUGACCAGUCCUUAUUGAUACUAUAAACAGGUCUGGUUGAUUUAAGCGAAGUUAAAUCCAGAACUAAGAAAUGGAACGUAUUGGUGAGAAGCCAGUGGUAUCCUAAUUACUCUGGACAAUGUGCAACUUGUGAUUUAUUUUUUUCACUUUUUGACUUUCUUCUUAAAUAUAAGUUGGCUGCUUGGUUGAUCACUUUUAGGGUCAUCUGGAAGGUGAGUUGUGGGGCCUGGCCUCCCAUCCAUCCGAGGAGCUCUGUGCGACAGUCAGUGACGACAUGUCCGUGAGAGUCUGGGAUCUAGCUGCCCAUAGGUUAAAGAAUGUCCGUAAACUGACGAAGCCCGGUAGGAGUGUAACGUAUUCACCUGAUGGAAGAGUCUUGGCUGUUGGAUUUAAAGACGGUAAGAAUAUUGAUAGCGCUUACUGGUCACCAGGCUGAUGCAUCCAUCCAAGACUGUUAUUAGUAACAUGGACUGAUGCAUCGAAACCUUGAAAGGGCGCUUUUUCUUCUACGUAAAGUGGGAGAUUUUUGUACGUCGAAUUUUGUAUCAGCACAUUUAAGCGCAAUGGCAGGCUAAUAUUAGAUAAAAGUUAUUAGCUGAAAGCGCCUGUGCCCGUUAGAAAUAAAGCGUAACCUUCCUAAAUCGAACAAAAUCGUCAAAACUCAUAGCAACCUGAUCAAAAAUGGACGCACCGGUUCGAAGUCGGGCACGCCCAUCCAAAUCGGUCGGAUCCGUCUUCAACGGGACCAAAUUCGUCUAAAACCAGUCCAGAAUCGCUGCCGAACCCAGCUUAGAGAAAGUGAAGAAGGGAAAUUUUCUUUUCUCAUUCUAUCCUUUGAAUUUUUUGUCUCCCUUCUAUGAUUUUAAUAAUGGCUUGAUGUCCUUUGUUUACUUUAUUAUUUGUAUGCUCCUCAGGUAGUUUUCAAGUCGUUGACUCAACAACCUUGGAUGACAUCGUCGGGUUUCACCACAGAAAGGAAGAAAUUUCAGACAUCAAGUUUUCACCUGGUAAGACCAUUUUGUGAUGCAGAGAAAAACUGGAAACAAAAACUUCUGCAGAGUGUGCAGCAGCAAUAGAGCACGAAAAACACAGAUGAUAAAUUACCAGUGAGAUCGAAGUAUUAGGAGAUCGAGGACUAAUUUACCGGCCAUUACUUCCGUUUUACACUCUUCCCCUUAGAUAAUGUUGUGGUUUGUUCCUGUGGGGAAAAGGGAAGGAUGAUCAUUUGUUGAAGUGUGGUGAACAUUUUUCAUUUUUGUUUUUCUCAUGACAGGUCAAGGUAAAUAUUUGGCUGUAGCGUCACAUGACAACUUUGUUGACAUCUAUAAUGUGCUGAGCAGCAAACGAGUUGGUAUCUGCAAAGGGAGCUCAAGCUACGUCACUCAUGUAGACUGGGACUCGAAAGGUAUGCUCAUAUGAGGCCCAGGCUGAUUUGAUCCUUCUAUACGUGGGCCACUUGGGUCGACUGACAUUUUUUUUAACGAAUUGAAAAAAUAUCGUGAGAGGUUUAAGUCGAAGGUAGUUUUGCAAAGUCCAAAAACUGACUUAAUAUUACUCCUAUAAAUUUUCAGGGAAGCUUCUCCAAACAAACUCUGGCGCUAAAGAGCGCCUGUUCUUUGAGGCACCUCGCGGUACACGCCAAGCUAUUGUCUCCAGUGAAUCCAAGAAGAUUGAUUGGUCCACUUGGACAAGUGUUCUUGGGGAUGAUUGCUCGGGAAUAUGGCCGCCCCACUCAGAUAUCACUGAUGUGAACGCAGUCGAUUUAACAAAGGACAAGAAGAUUUUAGCCACUGGAGAUGAUUUUGGGUUUGUGAAGUUGUUUGAGUAUCCAGUGCAGGUGAGCGAAAGAGAGAGGAUUUGCUACUUCCCUGGAUGAGUUAUUUUAGGGUGUUGUAAAUCUCAUCACCUAAUCCCAGGGGCAGUUAAUAUACCAUCUCGUUUUUUAAUAUAUGUAAUUUUUUGCAAUUGUAAUAUUUUUGUUUCUUAUUGCACCUAAUUCUUACGUUUUUAUAUGAUAUAUUUUUAUUCCUUUUUUAACUUCUCAAUAUUAUUUAUUAGUGUACUUAUGUAAUAUGCAUGUAUUUAUGGCAGAAUAACCCUGCCUAGGGAGUGGUAUGUUAAUUAUCUAAAAACCUUUAUCUUUAUCAUUUGAGAUCCACUAGAAAACUCUUUAAAAAUGGUCUUGCGUCGUACUUUUAUUAUCGUAUGUAGAACUUAAAAAACCGAACCUUUUCUCAUUAUACUCUCCCUUUCUCCCUCCGCCAAUACAAUAAACACGUCAAAUUAUUUUUAAACGAAUUCCAAAUCCUACAUAUUAUUCGCUUUCCUGUGCCAGGCGUGAAUUUUCAUUUGAUCGUUGCAGUGUGGUUGUUGUAAUGGUUGUGUUAUAUUUUACUGAAACCAUUUAAAGAUUAAUAACAAUGAUCUUUGAUUUGUAGGGCAAACACGCUAAAUUUAAAAAAUAUGUUGGACAUUCUGCGCAUGUGACAAACGUCCGUUGGACAAGCGAUGACGGCCGCUUAAUCUCUGUGGGUGGAGCCGACACGUCUGUCAUGGUGUGGUCACAUGCUCGAGCUCAUGAAAGCGAGGACACGGGCGGCGAUAGCGAUGACUCGGACACAGAUUCGGAAGAGGAAGGAGGCUAUGAUAGUGACGUGGAGAAAGAGAAGAAUCUUACAUAUGAGGACAAGAUUUAUGCAAAUCCGAUACGAACCACAAAAGGUGUUAAACCACACCUCAGGGAUAGACAGGAAGACGAGGAACACAGGUACAUGAUUAUUGUUAAUCUGGGGUGGGGUGGGGCGGGGCAGGGCGAGGGUACGGGUAUUACGAGCCUAGUCAGACAUUUCUGUUAGAGAUUAUCCUGGCUUCUAUAGUAUGGAGGGGUUGGAGUAUUGCUAAUUCUCCGAGAUGGGGGGUUUUGUAACCAUUUCCUUGAAAUUUUCCCUAUGCCCAAUUUACUUGUUAAUGCUGUUGUCAGUGCAGAAGCGUUUUUGAAGGUUUUUUGGUACCGGAACUAAAUCCUAACCAUAACUCAUGUGGAAAUGAGCGCUGGAGUUUUUUACUGGGGUUCUCGUCCAAAUCAGUUUCUUAUAUAUAUAUAUAAUUAUAUAUAUAUAUAAUUUUUUUCGGUACCCAGUUUGGUUUAGUGAUGUUUUUUUGUAUGUCUUUUUUUCCUGUGUUAGACCCGCGGUAAGUCGGGGCUCCAAAGCUCCUCCAAAGGUGAGGCAGUUGGAUCGGCAGAGGGACUCGGGAAAAAAGAGAAGAACCCAGCCCAUCCAGGUAAUGGUGUAUGUAGCGGUUCACAAAGUCGCCAACUCGUUUCUCUUGUUUUAUCUACAUUUUAUGUUCAGUCACUCGCAAGGUUCUACAGGCUCAUAGCUGCUUAACCUUGUUCUGGUUUCAUUUGCAUAAACCGACCAGGAGUAUUGCUACUCCUCCAGGGUGGCAUCAUUGUACAUUUAAAGUUAAAACAACCCCCCCUUCCCCUAUUUAGGGAAAACCUCCCUCCCUGGGUGUAGAGAUGCACUUUGAGAGUUAUGAAUCCCCAAAUCGUAAGGUACAAAGAGCCAGGAUCGACCUUACGUUCCGGAGUCUAGCGCGUUUGCUACCACGAAUUUUGGUGUGCACCGCCAGUUUUUGGCGUUCGUUUUGCUUCUUUUAAUUUUAUAAAAACCCUUCACGUUUGCAGGAACUUAGUUUGGAAUUCAUUCAUGGUUACCGAGGUUUCGACACCAGAAAUAACUUACACUACCUCCCAGAGGGGGACAUUGUGUACCAUGCUGCUGGAGCAGGGAUUGUACUGAGCACGGCCAAUGGUGUACAAUCAUUUUACCUCCAACAUACUGAUGACAUCAUCUGUUUGACUGUCAAUCAACAUCCUAAGUAUAAGGUAAACCAACUUGAACAUAGAUUUGGUUUCUCCUUAAGCUAAUGCACAGUCAAAAUCAAUGAGAUUACCUUUUUUUCCCCCCGUAAUUUUUCAAGUCGUUUUUAACAAUAUGAUAAGGUACUCAGAUUUUCUUUUCUAUCUUUAAUAAGUUUCGAGAAAUUUGAAGGUCAUGUUGCUGGUAUAGUUUAACUUAAAUGAAAAGCAGUUUGCGGUUUUUUUUUACCUACCGUUACACUGAUAUGUUCAACGCAGGAAAGGGAAUCAUUAGAAGAUUUUUCAGGUAGAUUAAAUGAUAGACUUCUCCUUGAAUCGGUAAUUCUUCUGCUUGUAAUGCGAAGUAUUAACUAAUAAAUCCGUGAUCACACAGAACAUUGUAGCAACUGGCCAGAUCGGCACAGAGCCGUGUGUGCAUGUAUGGGAUGCCCUGUCCAAGGAUACAUUAUCUGUUAUUCAAGGAUUUCACACUAAGGGAGUUUGUGCGGUGAACUUCAGCUGCAACGGCAAGCUUUUGGUCACUGUAGGAAUUGAUGCUGCGCAUAGCAUUGCUGUGUGGAAAUGGGCCGAAGGUUAGUGUUACAUUUGUCACCAAAAAAAGGCAUGAUUAAUCAGUGUAGAAAAGAGAUCUACUUCACCAGUGGUCCAGUCGAGAGGUUUAGGGUAUUUUCGUGGUAAAGAACUGUAGAGUCAAGAAACGUUUCUUAAUUGGCGCGAUCGGAAGUGAUUUAUCGUCACGUGGAUGCGAAGGUGAAGCAGAUGGAAUUUAAUUUGUACUGUUUACGUCUUAGCCGUUUCCUGUACUAAUGUAUAAAUGUCCGCAUUUAUUGUACAUGUUAGAUUUUCUUCUGUUUGAUCGAUUUAAGAAACGCUUGAGUUUUGAAUUCAAUUCUUAAUUAUCCACAGCCAAAAAUCGUGAAAAAGUCAUGAUGUUUUUUUUAAACGUUUAAAUUCAGAAUUUCUCUUUCUUUGUAAUCUUACAGGAACCAAACUCGCUAGUUCACACGGUCACACAGACAGGAUCUUCGUUGCUGAGUUCAGGCCUGACUCCGAUAGUCAGUUUGUCACGUGUGGUGUUAAACACGUCAAAUUUUGGACUUUAGCCGGCGGGCAGUUAGUGGGGAAACGGGGGGUCAUAACCACCCCCCAGCAGGGGGAAGGAGAUGAUUCUCAACUACGGAUGCAGACUAUGCUGUCAGUUGCAUUUGGAGCGGUAAGAAAGUAGUGCAUUCCACACUGGUGGAGCUCAAGUUGUUCUGUUUUCUUUAGCAUGAAGCGACUAGGUGUAUGUCGAUUUCUUCUGGAUGGGACGCGAGUCAGUUAAUCGCUGGUUAACCCUUUUAUACUCUUCAGUGGAGGGAGUCCUGUUACCUUCUGGAGAACGCAACACAAUGACCCCGGCAACAAUUGCCGAUUUCAAGGCGUUAUCCAUUUUGUCACUGCAUGUAGUCUGUUCACUGAUCAAUUAUUUUCACCUAGAUCGUAGUCCAGGGUAGGGGCAAUCGCUUUAGCGCUUUUCGCUCGUUCUUGCGCUUCGCUUCGCGUUCCUCGCUUAACUACUUAAAAAAAAAACAAAACAAAAAAAAACAAAAAAAACGGCUGUUCACACUACAAUAAGAAGACUUCCUUUUUUACUCUUGUUGGAAAGUCAUUCAUAUGAAGGUGGCUAUUACCUCUCUUGGUAUGAUGCAUGUUCGAUUUUUACGUUUAUUUCUAGUAUUUUGUUGAAAUCUAUUCCUUUACACAUACAUGUGCACAUGUACUUUGAAUUUACACAGGAAAACUUGACAUUUACCGGAGCCAUGAACGGAGAUGUAUUUGUAUGGCUGGGUCAUAAGCUCGCGAGGGUGGUAAGCCGAGCGCACAACGGACCCGUGUUCGCGAUGCACACGACACUUAGGGAUGGACUCAUAGUGAGUGGUGGGAAGGAAAAAGGGUAAGAAAAGAAGAUGUCGGCUUUUGGUGCGGUAAAAAAUAAAGCAGUUAUUCCUCCUACAUUCAGAAUUAAUUGUUGUGAGCAAGGUGCAGAUAGGAAGUGGGAAACUAUCGAAAAUAUCAAAAUUCAAGGAGUUUUCAAUCCGUGGAUUCAAUGGAGACAUGUGCGUUCAAUUUUUGAGAAGUUCCUUUUAAAGGGAUUGCCAAGUGCGCUUUUGAUUGAUCUUUACUGGUAGAACUGGAAGAAACACCUCUUGCUGGUGUGAAUAAAAUACAAAAGUCUACUCGUGAGUAUGCACUUGCGAUUGAGGUGUUUCAGUACGAAAUAGUUUGAAAAUUCUCAAACUUUUUCUACCUCGUCAUUCUGUGCGUUUCGCGAAUAGUCUGCGCGGUAGGAUGAGGAUUAACUGACCCUAUUUACAAAACUUGGCCCAAAGCCUAUUCUAUUGGCUUUAAGAAUUGACCUUCUCCACAAGGAAUGGCCAUGUUAGAAAGGGCCUGAUAGUAUCACGUUCUUUUGCCUCUCCACAGGAACACCAAGGAAGGCGUUGGUAUCAAACUGUGGGAUCAAGAGAUGAAGCGGUGCCGCACGCUAUCCCUGGGUCCAGGUCCCUGUGUUGUGCGGUCAGUCUGCAGAGGCAAGGUUAGCUAAGCGGUUUAUUGUUCGCCGGAAGACAUCACUUAAAACCGUCGCUCCCCCGCCCCAACCCUUUAAGUACUCUAAUGCAUCUUGAGUUUGAGAUGUGUUUAAGUAAUUGAAAAUUGUAAGAGAUAUGUCGAAUUAUGUGUGCGGAAGCAAAUUAGACAUCCACAAUCUUUACCACUCCUCUUGUUUUGCUGCAUUUAUGUUUGUAACAACUGUAACAACUUCUGAAAAGUGUUGUAAACUGAGAGAUGAACAAAGAUUGUUCCUUUUUAGGGUAAAAUCCUGGUAGGCACAAAAGGCAGUGAAAUAAUUGAAAUCACAGAGAAAGCAGCUACCUCACAGGUCAGGGUUAUCUCGAGUGUUUUCGUACUCUCGAGCAUUGCAUUAUCUUCAUGUAAUCUUUUUUUCAUUGCAAAUUUCAUGCAGUACAUAACUCUCUAAACUUUAUCUUUUCCUAGACUCUAGUCCGUGGUCAUGGUGAGGGGGAGAUCUGGGGACUAGCCUGCCAUCCGGAGAGAGAAGUAUUUGUGACAGCAAGUGAUGAUCAGACAGUGAGACUUUGGGACGUGGCCAGUAAGGUAUUGCCCUUUGAUUGGUUGACUAAUUUCUCAUUGAGUUUGAUGGUUAGAAUAUGUCAAAGGUGUCUGAAGUAAUCCGGGAUUGCCUUUGGUUUUACUUAACCUUUUAACUCCCAUGAGUGACCAAGACAGAAUUUCUCCUUACAAUAUCAAUACAAUAUCAACCAGAUGAAUGGUGAGAAUAAAGAAAAAUAUCAAUUUGGGGAUAAUUAGUUGAUCCAAUACUAAAUUCUCUGAACUAACAUUAUGAGAACUGCAUGGUUGACAGUAAGGAGAAUGACAAAUUUGAACUGGGAGUUUAAGGGUUAACUUAGCUCUGUGAUUCUUAGAGGAAACGUGUACUACCUUCGCUCAGAGAACUGUAUGUGUUCAGCUUUGACCAUUUAUCAGAGAAGCUAGAAAACUGAGAACAAAAAUAUUUUUCGUGAACUUUUACACAAGACAAAAUAUCUGCAGACAUUCGUGGAGAUUUGUGUUAACAAAAAACUCUACAGUAUGUUGUCAGCAAAGUAAAAUGAAAAACAACUAUUGCAUUUCAUAGACUAUGGUAAAGAUGGCUUCACUGGGUUUCGCCGCUCGUUCGGCGGCCUUCUCUCCUGACGGGGAGUUACUUGCUGUUGGUCUGAAAAAUGGCGCCUUUGCUCUAUUGAAAACCGCUGAGCUAAAGGUUGUGGCGCAGAAGCGUGAUCGUCACCAAGCUAUUCAAGAUAUCAGGUAAACAAAUUAAUAAACAUGGUUAGUUUGAAAAAAGUCGCUAAGAUGUCCCACAUGAGUACGGAACGGGACGGGACAGGAUGGGACCUCAGGCCAGGUGGAAUGGGAUUUUUUUUCUCGUUCACAACGGUCAAUCAGACCGUGCGUUGACGAUACAAUAAGUCAAUCAGAUCUCUUAGAAAUUAAACGUAGCUGGCAACAGUUAUUUUCUUUGAGUUCGGAUUGGCUGGUUGUGUAGUUCAUGUUCUGUUUGAUUGACUGUUGAAGAGGGACCAUGCCAUGCCGCACCAGCCACGGGUUCCUACCCUUGCGUGCUACAGGUAUGCAUAAUAUUAAUUAUCACUUGUUUGAAACCCGUCUCAUCAACCUGUGUUUUAAAAUUCCAAUGCAACUUGGGAACAGCGGAUAAGAAAAGCCACCUCGUGGAAUCAGUCCACCGCUAAACUCCCAUUAUUUCCUUUCCUUGGAUAUCCAGUAUGAUGGUGUCUGUUGGCUUCUCACAGGGAUGUCACGGCUAACUUCCGGUCUUCUUUGCCGUUCCCGUGGACCUUCUCACUGUCAUGUGCCGUUGUAGGUUUUGUUCUCAUCAUUAGUCUCGUGAGGUUGUUUUCACCUCUCCCAAAUGAUUGAUGGUGUUAUUAACCCUGAUAGAUUUAGUCCAGAUGGUAAAUACCUGGCAGUUGGAUCAGAUGACAGCUGUGUUGACUUCUAUGAGCUUCGCGAAGGACGACCUCUUUCACGUGCUGGUUACUGUAAGGGAAUCCCUUCUUUCGUCACUCAGAUGGACUUCUCUGCUGAUGGCAGGUUCAUUCAGGUGAUAUAUUAAACUAUUUACUAUUAAUACCACACUUUGCUGAUAUAUUGCACCGUCGACAUGGCGAUUACAUCCAAAAUGACGAAAUAAGUCUGAUCUGCUGUUUCUAGGUUUUGAAUUCACUUUUUGGCUCGAAUUUUACAAUCAGGCAGACAUUGUUUGACGAAUGAUUGUCGCGCUAAGUUAAAUCCUUUUUCCAAAAUUGAAAAUUAUUUUGUCUGGUGCAUAUGUAGUAAGAGCGUACCAAUGGUAAGUGUUAUUUCUGGAUUAAACCGAAAACGUCCGGAGAACAAUAGGCAUUCUACGCAAUGGUUUAAAAUCUGACACGUUAGCAGUUUCCUGUAGCGCAGUGUUAGAACAUGUCAUGAUGGAAGAGGGACAUGCAUUUAGCUCACGUAUACCAGUAUUUACUUUUCAUGUUUUGUUUGUUUAUUGGGUAAGGUUUCCACGGGCGCUUAUGAGCGUUUAGUGUUCACUGUCCCAAGUGGAAAUCCCUUAAAGGACAGAAAGGAAAUCAACAGAAUUACUUGGGCCUCAUGGACGAGGUAAGUAAUUCCAGCGGUAAACUUCGCACAGUUACUUAAUCACUUUAGAAGGAUUUUUUCCUUAUUCUUAUCUGUGGACGUUUCAGUGUUCUUGGUAAUGAGGUCAUUGGUGUUUGGCCUCGUAACGCUGACAAAGCAGACGUCAACUGCGCCAAUCUCUCAUCCAGCGGUCUCUCGCUUGCCACCGGUGAUGACUUUGGUUUUGUGAAACUGUUUGAGUUCCCUGCCUCAGAGAAAUUUGUAAGUUUUUUUUUGUCAUUGUGAUCUACGUGAAGUGUACUGAAACGUACGCUGCUAUUAUUUUCUCGUUUGAUCACAGGAAUAGGGCUUUACAUACAAAACUAACGAUCUUGUAGGUGCGAACGUUACUCGCAGGUUUUUUUUUUUGAGAACAGAUGAAGUACUUUUUAAGUCCACCCAUUCAAUGCCUGAAAACUUGCGCCCAAUAUGAGUCUUGUGUCCCCAAUAUUAAGCAAAUUUGUGUACAUUAUGUUUUUGAAAGAGAAUGCAUUACAAUGUUUAUAAAGCUAGGCUGUUAAACAUUCGGGUAUGUUUGUUUUAAGGCUCCCUUCAAGCGGUAUGUGGGCCAUUCCGCUCACGUGACUAAUGUGCGAUUUACAUGUGAUGACCGAUACCUGAUAAGUGCAGGGGGAGAUGAUUGCAGGUAAGUCGGAGAUGAAGAUAUUUGUACUUGAUAAUUUUGUACCGAAUCAACCAAAAUGCCUCAUCCGUCUGCGCUCAUUUCGUGAGAAAAAUAGGGAUUGUUGUGAAGGAUCGAUGAAGUAAGAACGAUUUUGACAUCUGCUACAAGCAUGGAACGAAAAAGAUUCUGAUCCUCUUUGUAAGAUUCCGCCAACCUCUGCUAGUCCCGAUUUUUUUGUCGCACGUUACAGCAACUGAGCUCCAGAUGACUUGUUACCUGAGCCCAGUUCAGAUGGAUAAAUCGCUAUCCAGCGGAAAGGAGUAACCAAAACGUAUUGCUAUCCACUGUGUAGAGAUCUAUCUAGUGGGUGGCUACACUUCCGACAACCGUGGCCAGAUGAAUAAUUUAAUUGACAACCGUCCAGGAUGCCACAGGGAUGAGCGAUUUUGAAAGUGUUCUGCAAGACGAUAGAUUAAGAAAGAUUGCGGAAUAAAUUUUGCUUCAUUUGAUAGUAUUGUGGGUGGAAACGUUGGAAAAACUUCACAUAGAUAACUGAUAACCUCAGAAUGUACAUGAUCGUUGGCACUUUACUUUCAAUGACAUUUGUUUUUUCUCCUUUUUAGUGUCUUUGUUUGGAAAUGUAUGUAACCGCGUUCCCAGCAAAGGUGGCGGUCUCGUAAAACUCGAUAAAACUCAGUCAGUUGAAAGAGCGGAAGACAACAACUAUAAGAAGAUUCAUCUCCGAAAGUGAAGUAAUUGGCUCGUUGAAAUUGAGGGGUAUUUUGCGCUGUUCAACCUCAAACUCUGGUUAAGUUGACGGUGUACGUCGGAGACGAAAUAUUUGUUUAGCCCCAGCUUUUAAUCAGAGAUAUGUGGCCCGAUGAUGUCACGACUUUCGAAGAACUCUGCAGUGCUCGUUUUCAGAUGAGCAUAGACUAAAGUUCGAAAACGAUUUAAGAUUUAUUCCUGCAAUUGCGCACGAACUUUUCCCUGAUGUGGGAAUGAUAUUAGAAGCAAAAGAUCAGAAUUGCUCUGAGAUUUCUAACCGUCAUGAAAUUGGGUUAAGUUCUUUUAGUGAAAACAAAGAGGGAAAAUCUGGAGUGUUUUGGAUCAGAACAUUGAGGGGCAGCCGAUGAUAUCGGAGAAUAUGCCCGGGGCUUUCCACGAUGCUAAUGGAGACGAGUUAUGUCAAGUUCUCUGCACCAUUUCGAUUGUUGUUGUUGUUUUUU